CAUUUAAAUUUAAUCAAACUUUUGAUAUUCUUUUGUAGACACAGGUAAUACAAGAGAUGGAUUGUCUCUAAAAACCUUCUACAUUGUAUUCGCGGAUUCUGUUCGACGCAGAAUUCUCCCAAUUUCCUGAACCUCCUGAACCGUGAAGAGAUAAUAACUCUACUAAUUUCCGGAUUGCAUAAAUGUCCAAGGUAACUACUACUCCUUCAGGUGUAUCUACGUGAUUAGAUAUGAAUUAUGUUUCUGAUACCUCUUCAAAUGUAUAUACGUAUCCUGAUCGACAAAGAAGGACUCCUGUCAAUCACGACGCAACAGCCUGCUAUAUAUAUGCGAAACCAGAUUCGGCAGGUAGCCACGUACGUACUCAUCGCCGCGAUUCCUAAACCUCUCUCUCGACGAUAACUUUUUUCCCGGAAGGUAGUUAGCUCUCGCCGUAGAUCGUAAACUAAGGCGUAGCUGCGGGGGUCGAAGAUGGCGAGUUUCCAUGUCGCCGACGCGUCGGAGUACCUGGCCAUCACCGGCUGGGGCAUCGACGACGUCAAGCUGGCGAAGAAGGCGUGGGUGUUCGUGGGGCAGAAGUGCAAGAAAUUCAGCAUCUCGCCGGAGAACUAUGAGUUCGAGGUGCACGCCAUGAGCGCCGAGAAGCUGCCUUUCAUCCUCCCCGCCGUGUUCACGAUCGGCCCCAAGAUCACGGCCACCAGCGACGAGGAGUCGGACAGGAAGGACCUGGAGGCGCAGCUCCUCCUCUACGCAAAGCUCAUCGCGCCGCUGCACACCUCGAGGAGCCAUGUCCACGAGCUGGUCAAGGGCAUCAUCGAGGGCGAGACUCGCGUGCUGGCGGCGGAGCUCACCAUGGAGGAGAUCUUCAAGGGUACCAAGUCCUUCAAAAUGAAGGUCUUCGAACAGGUGCAGCUGGAGCUCAACCAGUUCGGCCUCUUCAUCUACAACGCCAACGUGAAGCAGCUGGUGGACGUGCCCGGCCACGAGUACUUCUCCUACCUCGGCCAGAAGACGCAGCAGGACGCCGCCAACCAGGCCAGGGUGGACGUGGCGGAGGCCCGGAUGAAGGGAGAGGUGGGAGCCAAGGAGAGGGAUGGGCUCACCAAGCAGAACGCCGCCAAGGUCGAUGCCGAGACCAAGGUGCUGUCGGUGCGGCAGCAGGGCCAGGGGCUCAAGGAGGAGGCCAAGGUCAAGGCCGAGGUGCAGGUGUUUGAGAACGCCAGGGAGGCGGACAUCGCCGCGGCCAAGGCCGAGCUUGCCAUGAAGAAGGCCGGCUGGGAUAGGCAGGCCAAGGUGGCCGAGGUGGAGGCGGCCAAGGCCGUCGCCAUCCGUGAGGCCGAGCUCCAGAUGGAGGUCGAGCGCAAGAACGCCAUGCGCCAGACCGAGAAGCUCAAGGCCGAGCAACUCAGCAAGGCCACCGUGCAGUACGACACACAGGUUCAAGAAUCAAACGCCCUGUUCUACAGCCGGCAGAAGGCGGCGGAGGCGGCGCUGUUCGAGCAGACCAAGGUGGCGGAGGCGCGCAAGGCGCAGGCGGACGCCAAGUUCUUCGAGGAGAAGAUGUGCGAGGACGCCAAGCUCUACGCCAAGCAGCAGGAGGCCGAGUCCCUGGCGCUGGUGGGCAAGGCCAAGACGGAGUACGUGGCGUCCAUGCUCAACGCUCUCGGCGGCAACUACCACGCGCUAAGAGACUACCUCAUGAUCGACAGCGGCAUGUACGCCGAGAUGGCGCGCAUCAACGCCGGCGCGGUCAGCGGCAUGCAGCCCAAGAUCAGCAUCUGGAGCAACGGAGACGGCGCCGGCGCCGGACAGGCUGCCCCCGCUGGCGGCGCGCUGCAGCAGAUGGCCGGGCUCUACAAGAUGCUGCCGCCGCUUCUGUCCACGGUGCAUGAGCAGACAGGGAUGCUGCCGCCGGCGUGGAUGGGCAAGCUGCCCGAGGACGGUGCUGCCAACUGAACUGAUAUAGUCCCGCAGGGGUUUUCGUUAGAUAGUUAGGUAGGACUACAUUAUUUUCGUCGUUGCGUUUGAGUACCUACUUAUCGCAGGUUCUGUUUGUUACAUAGUUUCGGCUUACC